UCUCUUCUGUGAGCGAGGUAUUCUAGUGCCUCUCCGUCUGACCUCUGUCCUUUCUUUGUUAUCACUGGGGUAUGAGACUGCCCUUAGGGCUUUGGGACAGCUGUGUUUAUCGGAUCCAGAAAGUGUACUCCCCGGUCUGCGAGUGCUACGGUCAUGCCGGGUAGCCCUUGUCAGCCUGUUUGGUCAUUGCUGAGGCAUUCUGGGUGUUUCUUGUACGGUUUGGACAGGCUUGAUCUCCUGUGUUCUGUGUGGCCAUGCUGUGGGUAGGGGCAGGGCGGCAGAUCUCUGCCCAAACUCACUUUCGCUUCUACGAUUAUACGCUGGAUGCAGAUGCCAUCAGGAGCUGAAAGUCACUCCCACUGCGGCGGCCAAGAGUCGGUGUGAGGGCCGUCCCAUCGAUGCCUCACUGUCCCCCCAACCCCCUCAAAUCCGCACUGGGCUCUGCCGCUACGACUGAGCUGUUCCCCAACAGCCGUGCGUUGCCUGAGUAAUGGAGCCAGAUACGAUCGAUCACCAUGAUGCCCAGCAGAAUGGGAUGGCGGCGGGCGAGCAGGAUGACCACUUUGACGCUCAGAUUGACGACUUCAUGGCCCCCAACCAGGAUUACAAUGAGGAGGAGGAGGAGCGGAAAUAUUUCCGCCGAAAACGUCUGGCUGUGGUGAAGAACGUGGUGUCUGCCAGUCUUGGCAGUUCUCUCACCUACGGAGUCUAUUUGGGUGAGUUGCAGUCCUUGGGGAGAGGCAGGGGCAGCAUGGUGGCUUAGUGGUUAGCCAGGU